UCUUCAUCUGUUCACAUAAGCAAAACUGGACGCAUACACUCUUUGUGCAGAUGCACUUUGGUCUUGUCAGUAAAAUCUACUGUGUUGGUUGGUGAACAGCUUAGACCCGCUUAUUAAAAUAGGUGCUAAAGUUUUGGUUCAAACUUUUAUUCUGUGCGACUUCCUUCCUCAAACUUUGAUCUGAACACCGUGUUACCCCUCACCGCUCCGACCACACUUUCAUAGUGUUCAGUUUAGCUGCUGGUUGCAGAUCUGGCUGGAAAAAAAAUAUUCAGCUCCCCUUUCAAGCAAUGGAGGAUAUAUAUGCUAAUGUUCAAUCUGUCAAACUUGUUCCCCAAAUUUCUGCACCAAAUUACCGAGGUUCAAGCAGCUCUGAGAAGAGGCUCUAUUUAGGUAUUCUUAUUGCUUUCGGGCUCCUUAAUGUUUCCCUCCUGGCUGGACUGGUCAUCCUUGGUGUCUACUAUCAUAAAACAGAUGAAAUGGCUGCAGGUCUCAGCGCCAGCGGCAAUCUGACUGGAUGUCAACAAGAUGGAAAUAACAAGAUGUCAUCUCUGAUUGAGGAACGAGACCUGCUGAAUGCCAACCUCACUGCAGGUACUAAAGAGCUGAUGAAGCUUCGAGAAUCAACAUGUCCUAAAGGAUGGAUAGCGUUCAGCGUUUCCUGUUACUAUUUCUCUAACGAAGCCGGUUCCUGGGAUGAAGCCAGGAGCGACUGCAUUCACAGAGGAGCAGAUCUGCUAGUGAUGAACAAUGCUGAGGAGAAGACAUUCCUUGCUGCACUCAUCAAGAAGGAAGCUUGGAUUGGUUUAAAUGAUAAAGAAACGGAGGGUUCCUGGAAAUGGGUUGAUGGAACCUCCCCGGAGUUCAAGAACUGGCAUGACUCUCAGCCUGAUAAUGGUGGGACAAGCGGAAGAUGGGGCGAAGAGGACUGUGUACAUGUCAUAAACAACGACAAAGCGACUUGGAAUGAUUUUUCAUGUGAUGGUGCUACACACUGGAUCUGUGAAAAAGUGCUGAAAUUGGGUGUUUGAAAAAAAAGUUCUCUAAAUAUAAUGUUUUAUAUUUAAUUCUUGAGUUUUAAGUAUUCCAUCUCUAAAAACAAAACUUUUAUAAAGUGCUUUAAUAGUCCUGCUUCUAGAUACAAUGAAUUUAAAUAUUACAAUAAACUAUUUUCUGCUUUCUGCCUGGUCACUGUUUAUUACAAUUUCCAAUGUCAAAAAUAAAGAGGCGAUUCGUACACAGUAACCCACCUGCAGUAUUAACUGGUGUCUGUGUGUGAUUGAAUGCGUCAGCUAGACAGCUUUAUGUGAAAUUAAGUGAGUGUAAUUUGCAAGGUAAAGCAACACCGCAGAGGAAGUAUUCAAAUUAUUUCACAGUUUGACAGAGAGCAGAGACUGCCAUCUGCUGGAGACUGUAGUGACUGCACCGAGGAAGUGACAUGAAAACUGAUGCAUGGCUUGAUGCUACUGGAGAUGUAAAUAAACCUAAAGAAAAUU